UUUCCGUCGGAAUUAACAUAAUCUAUGCCUCUAUAUUGGUGUUCUGUGCUGUGCCUCGUUGUUUGUACAUAAUGGAAAGCGUUGGUUUGUGUUAGUAAAUGUCAAUUUCUCGUGGCGUCAGCUAGAGUAUCAAGAUGCCAAAAGUUGUUUCGAGAAGUAUAGUGUGUUCUGACACAAAGGACCAGGAAGAAUACAGUGAAGAAAAACCGUUACACAUUUAUUACUGUUUGUGUGGCCAGAUGACAUUAAUAUUAGACUGUGCUGUUGAAAAGUUGCCACUGCGAAGAAGAGAUGGAGCACGUGUUAUAGAUGGCAGCAAGCAUGCUCACAAGGUGACGUAUGAUCAAGAUGAAACAGUAUACUUAAAACGACCUGAAGGAAUUGAAAGACAGUUCAGACAGAAAUGUAAAAAAUGUGGACUUUUACUGUACUACAAACACGAUCCAAAAAGCAAUGUAAUAUUCGUAGUGAAAGGUGCUGUUAUUAAGAGUUCCGGUGAAGGACCAAUGACAACAAUUUACAAUCAAGUUGCUGUUGAGAAACCUAAGAAGAUUAUGGUUACAAAGCACACAAAGAAUAUGGGCAAAUUUAGCUCAGUCACAGUGUCAACAAUUGAUGAAGAAGAAGAUGAAAUUGAAGCUCGGGAAGUUGCUGAUUCUUAUGCCAACAAUGCACGAAUCAUCGAAAAGCAAUUGGAAAGGAAGGGUAUGAACAAGAGGAAAAUGGUUGUGCAACAGACGCAGGCUGAAAUGGAUGCUAAACGGAACAGAGUUCGUGGAACUUUAAUUGACAAUAAUUAAUGAAAUAAAUGCACAGAUUUGAGAGUUACACAAGUACAGAAAUUGUACAUAUUGUUAAUAUACCACAUAAUUACAUUAAUAUUUGAAAAAUAUGCUCACAAUAAUGUGAAUAACAUUAGUAAUUACAUAACCUUUCUUAAAAACAUAAAAAAUUGUAAUCUUCACUUUUAUAUACCACUGUUACACAGCAAUGCGGCAUAUUACAGGGAGCGGCAGUCAAUUUAUUAUUAGUGGGUGGAAGCGUUGGAAGUAGUGGGGGGGGGGGGGGGGGGUCGAGUAACCAAGGUCACCACUGUGUUCUCCAACACACAGCAUUUCAGUAGCCAUGGAGCAGUGGACUAAGCAACUAUGGUUAUUUACAGUGAAAGAGUUCCACCAAAGCGGUAGCUAUGUAGACGCUCAGCAUUGUUUGCGGGUGCAUUUUCAAAUUAAUCGUAAUAGGCCGGUGUCUUCAGUUGACUCAAUAAAAACUUGGGGCGGAAACUUUGAAAAUGUCUGCGAAACAACAAGGAAAAGAGGAGGCAGAGCAAAGACAGUGUAUACUCCCUAUAAUGUGGAACAUGUAAGAAUUGCUGUGGGAAGAAGACCCCGGAGAUCAGUGUGUUGCGCUUGGAAUUUUUGACAGGACUGUCCGAAGGAUUUUGAGGUUAGACUUACAUCACCAACCAUACAAAAUCCAAGUGGUUAACGCUUUGAAUAACAACAACUUUAUGGUCAGACAGCAGUUCUGUGAUUGAAGAAAACGAGGAGCUUGUUCACAACCUCUGGGUGAGUGACAAGGCACAUUUUCACCUCAAUGGAUAUGUGAACAAACAGAACUUUAGAUACUGGUGUGAGUUUGGUGUGCAAUGUCCUCAUCGGGAAUAAUAGGCCCUUAUUCUUUUGAGAACGAAAAAGGGCAAUCUGUUACCAUGAAUGCUGAGCGCUAUUCAACAAUGUUAAGGACAUUCUUCAUACCUUAGCUUUGUCAAGAUGGAGCAACAAGUCACAUAGCCUGUGUGAGCAUUAAUGUUCUCAGUGAAGUGUUUCCUAACCAAGUGAUUUCCAAGAAUGGAGCAAUUGCUUGGCCCGUCCUUUCACCCAACCUUACUAAGAGCAAAGUGUACAAAGAAAGACCUCCUAAUGUUGGUGAUCUCAAAGCAAGAAUCUGGCUGGAGAUAGAGAGAAUUCCUCAGGGUAUGCUCUGUCAUGUGAUAGACAGCUUCAUAAAUCACCUGUGAGAAUGCUGUGAUCGAGAAGGACGCCAUCUUGCUGAUGUUAUUUUCAAACAAUGAAAAAUGUGUUGAUGUUUCUUAAAUGCUUUUUAAUGUAGAAUAAGAUUGCAUGAAUAAAAUUUUGAUAUCUGCA